UAAGAAGUUUCGUCAGUGAGAGCAGCCCAAGAAUGUAAAGCCUAAAGUGUUGGGCUAAGUUAAGUAAAAUUAAUUUAAAAUUAGCACUCUCAUCUCCAAUCUCAAACCAAGGCCUACUAUUUGUACUAAAUCCAUCUAACUCGUUUCAACUUCAAGUUGCUGCGUCUUCACCCACCGCUGAUUCAAAUGGCCGACGAUUCAUCGAAGUCAUCCUUCUUGUCCGACAAAUCGGCCAAGAUCUUCGUAGCAGGCCACCGUGGACUGGUGGGCUCAGCAAUCGUCCGCAAAUUGAAAUCUGUUGGCUUCACUAACCUCAUCCUCCGUACCCACUCCGAGCUCGACCUCACUCGCCAAUCCGACGUCGAAUCUUUCUUUGCCACCCACAAACCGCAGUUUGUAAUCCUCGCAGCUGCAAAAGUUGGCGGCAUCCAUGCUAACAACACCUACCCAGCUGAUUUCAUCGCCAUCAAUCUCCAGAUCCAGACCAAUGUAAUCGACUCCUCUUACCGCCACGGCGUUCAGAAACUACUGUUUCUGGGCUCUUCUUGCAUUUACCCUAAGUUAGCACCUCAGCCUAUCCCUGAGAGUGCUUUGCUCACUGCUCCUUUAGAGCCCACUAAUGAAUGGUACGCUAUCGCCAAGAUUGCCGGUAUCAAAAUGUGCCAAGCUUACAGGAUUCAGUACAAUUGGGACGCUAUUUCUGGGAUGCCCACUAAUUUAUACGGCCCAAAUGAUAAUUUCCAUCCGGAGAAUUCUCAUGUUCUUCCGGCAUUGAUGAGGAGGUUUCACUCGGCCAAAGCGGAGCGAGCCAAGGAGGUGGUGGUGUGGGGGACGGGGAGUCCAUUGAGAGAAUUCCUGCAUGUGGAUGAUUUGGCUGAUGGUGUUGUGUUUUUGAUGGAGAAGUACAGCGGGACUGAGCAUGUGAACAUCGGCAGUGGGAAGGAGGUGACGAUUAAGGAACUGGCGGAGCAGAUGAAGGAGGUGGUGGGUUUUGAAGGUGAGCUUGUUUGGGACAGCUCGAAGCCUGAUGGGACUCCUAGAAAGCUCAUGGAUAGCUCUAAGCUUUUGGGGUUGGGUUGGAGUCCCAAGGUUUCUCUUAAGGAUGGUCUUGUUGAUACAUACAAGUGGUACUUGGAGAAUGUCAUCAACCAAUGAUUUAUGCUUAUACAUGCUAUUCACUUCACUCAUAUUGCCAAUUGCUUUUGUAUUAAUAAAUUAUAUCAGACAUCUUUCAAAAUUUGUAUGUUUUUAUGAUAAGUUCAGUCAGUGCAAGAUAUAUUAUGGUUAUAGUAAAUUGGUGAACACUUUGAUUC